AUGAAUGCAAAGCGACUGGCAAUGAAACCUACUCCACCUCAUCCAAUAUAUGCAGAGAGAUAUCCUAAAGGGCCAGCAUCGCGGGAUGAUCCGAUUCUACUGGAUACUGGAGGUGACACAACAACUACUAGCGAGCUGUUUUUUGGCGUGAAGCCAGUCAAAAGCGGUUCGUCAGUGGCAAGGACGGUUGCGAAGAGGAAGGUCACCGUUGCAACUACGACGCCGUCGGGAGAGCCGCUUGACCCCCUAACUCAAUCAGUCCUUGAUGAAUUGAAGGCGCGACGAGCGGAAUUAGCAAAAAAUUCCAAGCUACCUCCAUAUCGCAUCAUCUCCGAUAGAAUACUUGAAAAUAUAGCACGUGAGCGUCCAUCUAAUAUGGAGAGUCUGCUCAAUGUCAAGGGUAUUGGAAAAUUUCAACAAGAAAAGUAUGGUGACGACUGGCUCGAAGUCAUUUCAAGUUUUCUUGCUAAGAAUGGCCUGGGACCGCCACUGGAAGAUGCAGUUCCUGCACCAUCAGAGUCAAGCAAAGGUGCCAUUGUUUCGACGCCCCAACGUACUCGCACACAACGGCAAGUCUCACGAGAUUCAUCACCAGCUUUCGACACUCCGCCCCCUCAGACACCACAGCUUCAAACUGGCCUAUCGUUCACGAUGGCAAGCACGACAUUGGGCACUGAUGCCGAUGGUGAUGCAACAUUGUUCGACUCCGACGGCUCCUUGCCCGAUCUCGACUUUGGAAGUGUUCCACGACAGAUGAGCUCUGAAUUGAAACGCAAAAGGAUAGAGAGUCCUAGAAAACAUCGGACAAGUCCCACGAUUGGAUGUCGACAAGACGUGACUCCUCAUUUACAGCAGCCAGAUAUAGGCCCCAUACCUACGACUAAUCCUCCAGUGCUAGCGUUGCCAGCUGCCCAGCCUACACCCUCCAAGAUCAUCACUGCGGAAGAGCUCUCGCCACGUUCCAAGAUCGCGCGGAAUAAACUCAGGGCGUUGAGCAAGCUUGUCACGCGCAAGCUACCAGACCGGCCUGCGGAUGCACGACCGAUCGUUACGGAGAGAACGCUGACUCUAAUCAUUCAGUCAUCACCACGGACGCAAGAUGAACUUGAACAGAUACCAGGCAUUGAUGGAUUCCUUCUUGCGUGUGAGAAGACAGGCACCGAUCUGCUGAGGAAUGUUAUUAAGUUUGCACUGUCACGCAAUUCUGGGACAAGCUAUAACCAGUCGAUGUAA